AACGGACGAGAUAACAUGUUAUCUGUUACGUACAAAUGUGUAUAAAUAAAUUACACACUGACCGCGGUGAUGUUGGAGAAGAUAUCUGCAAAUUACGUUUACAGUUUCAUCAUAAGAAGCUACUGUUCGAUAAGAGUUUCAAAACUGUUUCGAAAACCUUGAAUCGUGUUUAGUUGUGUUGCCGAUGCCACAGUUUUGACAACGUGGUUUGUUUUUGGAUUUUUCUUUUUGGAAAAUGUCUGUGAAAGUGCCCAAAUUUUUGAUCGACAAUUGGAACGGUUUGACUAAAUUAAAGAUAUACAAUGGCCAAACAAAACUGCAACGCCGGGGAAUAUACACGUUGGACCCCAUCGACCCCAAGGAGCCGACUUUCGGCAAAAUCCUGAUAGCGAACCGCGGCGAAAUCGCGUGCAGAGUAAUAAACACGGCGAAACGAAUGGGCAUUAAAAGCGUCGCCGUUUAUUCCGUGGCGGACGCACAAUCCAGACAUGUAAAGUUGGCGGACGAAAGGGUGUUCAUCGGUCCGGCGCCGGCGUCCGACUCCUACCUGGUGAUGUCGAAGAUCAUGGACGCGGUGCGACGGACGGGCGCCGAGGCCGUCCACCCGGGCUACGGGUUCCUGUCGGAGAACGCCAACUUCGUCGGCAUGCUGGAGGAGGAGAAGGUGGCGUUCGUGGGACCGUCGGCGAAGGCGAUCACCGGCAUGGGGGACAAGUUGGAGUCGAAGCGGUUGGCGAUGGCGGCCGGCGUCAACACGAUUCCGGGCUUUGAUGGGGUGGUCCGGGACGCGGAUCACUGCGUCGAGAUUUCGAGGGAGAUCGGCUAUCCCGUUAUGAUCAAGGCUUCGGCCGGAGGUGGUGGCAAAGGGAUGAGGAUUGCCAGAAAUGACGAAGACGCGAGGGAAGGGUUCAAGCUGUCCACGCAGGAAGCCCUGUCCAGUUUCGGGGACAGUAGGAUGCUGGUCGAGAAAUUCAUCGACAACCCUCGUCACAUUGAAAUACAAGUAUUGGGUGAUAAACAUGGGAACGUGAUUUAUCUGAACGAAAGAGAGUGCAGUAUUCAGAGAAGAAACCAAAAAGUCAUAGAAGAAGCUCCAAGUGUUUUCUUGGACGAAGAAACGAGGAGGGCCAUGGGUCAACAGGCAGUGAACCUGUGCAAACAACUGGGCUACUCUUCAGCCGGAACCGUAGAGUUCCUCGUGGACGAAAACCGCAACUUCUACUUCCUCGAAAUGAACACCAGACUUCAAGUCGAACAUCCCAUCACCGAGUGCAUAACUGGUGUAGAUCUGGUCCAGCAGAUGAUACGGGUGGCCAAAGGCCACAAGUUGAAUAUCAAACAGGAAGACGUGAAGAUCAACGGUUGGGCCAUCGAAAGCAGAGUGUACGCAGAAGAUCCUUACAAGAGUUUCGGUUUGCCCAGCAUAGGAAGGCUGCACAAGUACAUUGAGCCUUCUAAGCUUCCAGGAGUUAGAUGCGACAGUGGCAUCGAAGAAGGAAGUGAAAUUAGUAUGUAUUAUGAUCCUAUGAUUUGCAAACUUGUGUGUUAUGGCAAAAACAGGCAAGAAGCAAUCGACAGAAGUAUUACUGCUUUGGAUUCGUACAUUAUCAGAGGUGUUACUCACAACAUUCCUUUACUCAGGGACAUUUUAACUGAAGAAAACUUCAAGCAGGGGAAGAUUAGCACGAAUUACCUGCCACAAAUAUAUCCUGACGGUUUUAAAGGACUGCAACUCAAUGAGACUGACAAGAACAAACUGUUAACAAUCGCCUGUGCUUUGUAUGCCACGAACUCUCUUCGCAACAGGAAUUAUUUGAACGGGCCUCAAAUUAAAAUCCAUAAAGGGACGCUUCAAAAAUGGCAACUCAGUGCAAGGUUAAACGAAGAGGUAUUAAACGUCAACGUCACUCAAAGCAACGGCAAGUUCCAAGUGACAAUCAAUGAUGUAAUCCAUGAGGUGGAGAAGAAAGAUCUGAAUUUGGCCAGUAGUAUUCUCGAAACUAAAGUCAAUGAUGAACCUGUAGUGAUGCAACUGUUUUCUAAGAAUGCAGCUGGUGAAUUUCAAAUAGUUUACAAAGGGACUAACUUCAAGAUAAAUAUUUUAUCGAAGAAGUCAUCGGAUUUGUUGCAUCUGAUGCCAGAGAAACCAAAAGUGGAUGUUUCUAAGUUGGUGAAGUCACCAAUGCCUGGACUUGUGAAGAGUGUUGCUUGCGUUGUUGGUGAUAUGGUUGCGGAAGGACAAGAACUUUGUAUUAUUGAGGCAAUGAAAAUGCAAAACUCGAUGGUGGCAGCAACAACAGGAAAGAUAAAGACGGUGAACGUGAAAGCCGGAGAUACAGUUGGAGAAGAUGAUGUUUUAGUGGAACUGGAAUAAAAGUUUUAAUAUAUUUUAUAUUUUUUAUAUUGUUACAAUAAAAUAUUUUAGUUGUUUUUAUUA